AUGUUUUUUAUUGUGUAUGUUGAUGUUUUUGUGGAGAUGUUUUUGUUUAGGCAUGUUGAUGUUUUUGUGGAGUCCUUAUACAAUGCAACUUUCAUUUUGUUCAGCCAACAUGUCGUAGAAGAUGAAUUUAUUAUAUCUUAUUCUUCUAUCACUUUCCUCACUAUUAGUUUUGUUGCAAAUUUGCCUAUUGAAAAUGAUAAUCUUGAUAGUGUGCUUAUUGAAAAUGAUAAUCUUAAUAGUGUGUCCAUUGAAAAUGAUAAUCUUGAUAUUGUGCCCAUUGAAAAUGAUAAUCUUAGUAGUGUGUCAAUUGAAAAUGAUAAUCUUGAUAUUGUGAAAGGUCCUAAAAGAGAUAAUUCUAUUGUGAAGGGUCCUAGAGAUAGUUUGAAUAGACUUUUUACGGCUAAUUUGUAUACUAGAGCUUUAGCAAAUGGAGAGAAUGAGUUGAUUUCAUUGCUUGGUUUUGCGAUUAAAAUUGAAAUCAUUAGAAAAAUCAAACAGGCAAAGUAUUUUUCAGUGAUACUUGAUUGUACUCCCGAUGUUAGUCACCAAGAGCAUAUGUCUUUGAUAAUAAGAUAUGUGGAUAUUUCUUCAGCUUCUGUUAGUAUUGAGGAAACAUUUUUAGGAUUUUUGAAUGUGAAUGAUACAAGUGGUCAGGGGCUUUUUGAUGUUUUACAAAAUGAAUUGAAAGAACUUGGUCUCGACCUAUUUGACGUGAGAGAGCAAGGUUAUGAUGAUGGGUCCAAUAUGAAAGGAAAACACCAAGGUGUGCAAAAGAGAUUUUUAGACAUAAAUCCGAGAGUCUUUUAUACUCCUUGUGGUUGUCAUAGUCUUAAUUUGGCAUUGUGUGAUAUGGUUAACUCUUGUAUUAAAAGAAAAAGGCAAUUUGAUGAGAAUUUGAAUAUCCCAUCAGUCGAGCUAUCAGAAGAAGAAUCAUUCAGGGUUAAUUAUUUUCUUUACCUUGUUGAUCAAGUUGUUGUUUCUCUUAAUAAGAGGUUUGAGCAAUACCAAGAGUAUGAAGAUAUUUUUGGUUUCUUGUUUACUUCUCACAAGUUACAAUCAUUAGAUGAUGCAACUUUGAAGUCUUGUUGUACUAACUUUGAGCAGACAUUGAAAUAUAAUGAGCAAUCUGAUAUUGAUGGGUAUGAAUUUUUUGCAGAGUUGAAGUUACUAAGAGAAAUGUUGCCUGAAGAAACCAUAAGACCUACUGAUAUAUUAUUAUUUUUAAAAGGCUUGGAUUGUUUUCCUAAUACAGUUAUUGCAUAUAAAAUCUUAUUGACUAUUCUUGUGACAGUUGCUUCUGCAGAAAGAAGUUUUUCAAAAUUGAAGUUGUUAAAGACUUACUUGCGGUCUACCAUGUCACAAGAAAGGCUUAAUCGAUUGGCAUUAAUAGCUAUUGAAAAUGAUAUUUUGGAGACAAUAAAAUAUGAAGACUUAGCUGACGAUUUUGCUUCAAAAAGUGUUCGUAGGAAGGCUCUUUUUAUGUAG